AUGUCAAAACUAGUUGUGUUAGGUGGUAAUGGAUUCUUAGGAAGAAGAAUUUGUCAAGCUGGUAUUAAUGCUGGUUUUCAAGUAACUUCAUUAUCUCGCUCUGGUAAACCACCAAAAUUAACACCAUUAGAAAAUAAAACUUGGAUUGAAAAAGUUGAUUGGAAAUCUGCAGAUAUUUUCCAACCAAAUUCUUAUAAAGAUGAAUUAAAAGAUGCAAAAAGUGUUAUACAUUCAUUAGGUAUAUUAUUAGAAAAUCAAAAUUAUAAAUCUUCAAUUAAUUCAAAUUCAAGUAUCUUGAAUGAAUUUUCAAAUUUUUUAAAACCUUCAAAUCCAUUAACUAAAACUUCAUUUAAUUCUUAUGAAAGUAUAAAUAGAGAUUCUGCAGUAUUAUUAGCUGAAACUUUUCAAGAAACAACAACUUCAUCAAAUCCAUCAUUUGUAUAUAUCUCUGCAGAUAAAGGAUUCCCAGGAUUACCAAAAGGUUACAUAAAUUCUAAAAGAGAAGCUGAACAAGAACUUUCCUCAUUAUCAAAUUUAAGAUCUAUAUUUAUAAGACCUGGUUUUAUGUUUGAUGAAGUUUCAAAUCAAGAUAAUUUAAGAACUUCAAUUAAAAAAUUUGUUGAUUUAGCAAAUUGGGGAAAUCAAUCAUGUUUAGGUGGUAAAAUUCCAAUUCUUAAUGAAUUUAUAAGACCAACUAUAUCAACUCAAAGAGUUGCUCAAGCUAUAAUUUAUAGAAUUCAAGAUCCUGAUUUUAAUGGUGUUGUUUCUUUAGAAGAUUUAUUGGAAAAAUAA